AUGGCUCGCACGUGCCUGCCACUGCUCGCUGCUGGGCAGGCACAAGAGGGCAUGCCGUCAACGGAGGCGAACGCGGUUCCCGAUACGCAGUUGGGCUUGACGGACGACGAGGUGCAGCUGCUCCGCUUCCACCAGGCACAGGCCAACUCGUCGUCCUCGCGUGCCGCCAGCCGCGCAUCCUCCCAAGGGCUGCUCCUCCUUGACAGCUCAAGCCUUGCGGCACUCUCACGGCAUCUCGACCGAUUGAUGCAGCAAAUCCAACAGCGGAUCGAGUACCUCAGUGAGCAGAGCUCCAUCGUCACUCUCCAGCAAUACGAUCGCGCAGGAAACCUCAUUGACAACGCCGAUGCCGAGAUUGCGCGAUUUCAGAACAUCAUGGCUGAGAUGGACGAACUCGAGGUCGACUUCGACCGUAUCGCACAUAUCAAAGACAUUGUUAAGGGCCAGCGACGCCGGGUCGAAGGCUUGGAGCGGGAUCUUGAACAGACCUCGUCCCGCCGGGAACGAGAACACCACAGCCAUUCUCACUCACAUCGCCACGGGCACUCGAGCCGGCAUGAAGGGGGCUCCUCUGGCCACCGCCAUCGCCAUCACUAG